UCUCGCCCAACAGAUAUUUAAUAAAAUUUACUACAUUCGACAAGCAACAACUAGAAACAACUAGAAAAUAACAGGAAAACAUAUUUUACCAGCUGAAAACCAUAAUUCAAAAAUGGAAAUCAUCCACGUUGACGAAACUGACUUACAAGAGUCCCGUAACUCGAAAAAUCCAAAGGUAAGAAGUUGCAUUGAGAAGCUUAUGAAUGAAGCCACAAGGAUAGAAAUUGAAAGGCUUAAAGGGGAUCCCAAUGUAACUGCUAAAAUUCCUGCCCAUGUUCUGGACUACUUUGUAUCAAUCAUAGGUACUGGACCUACUGGACCCAGUGUACUAAGUGAGCACACAGGAGUCAACAGUUCACAAAAUGUUCAGUUAAUUAACGCUAAUUUUCAACAGCGUGAAUCAACUGACAAAAUUGAUGUGGUAGUUGGCAAUAAUUACAAAUCUCUGGAGGCCAAAAUAGGUUACGGAAUUAUUAAGUUAUUUGAUGGACAUGAACGGAUUUGUAAUGAAAUUGACCCUGAUAAUUACUUAACACAUGUUUUACUUUAUAAAAAUGUUGAAAACCGUUUCAUAGCAAUGUUAAGAAGAGAUAGCUCACUAAAAGUUCUAAAAAAAGCAAAUGAGAAAUCUAACUUUGAAGAAGUUCCAAACGAUUACAUUAAUUUUAAUCAUUUACAAGUGGUUAAGAAGAACGGUGAAGUAGCAGGAUACAGGGAAUUCAUUAAACAGUUCGAAGGAUGCUGUCUCAACGUAUGGUUUCCAUUUUUGACAGAUAAAGUAAUUUACAAAGGGAACAACAUUUUUGAUGAAAACGAGACAAGUGUAAUACUUGAAUCUCUGUCACUUAAUUUAUUAACAGAGGAGCUUAAAUACCAUUCACGUUUGCUCUCUUUGUAUAGCCUAUCAGUUGAGUUGGGUUUGAAAAAUCAAACAUCUGAUGCACAAAGUGUACUCACGCCCAUUUCUCAUGUAGAAAUUGGAGAAAGUGAAACAUCUGAUGCACAAAGUGUACUCACGCCCAUUUCUCAUGUAGAAAUUGGAGAAAGUGAAACAUCUGAUGUACAAAGUUUAAUUCCGAGUAUUUCUGAUGAACAAAAUUAUGUUUUGAAUAAAACUGACGAUUUGUCAUCACAUUUGAGCAAAACAUAUAUAGAAGCAAAACAAAAUCCCAAGGGACAAGAUCAUAAGAUGCAGAAAAAAGAAAUUUUAGAUUUUUGUGAGGGACUUUUGGUCAAUAUGGAUUCAAGUAUACCUGAUCGACCCUGUGAACUAGUAAAAACGGUUCUUGAAAGUAAAGCCAAACAGGAACAUACUCCAAAUGAUUCAGGGAUUAGAUUUAUGGCACUGGAUAUUAAAAAACCAGCAUCCAAUGAAUGUAGUUGUAAAUCAUACCCAAAUUCCAGGUUCUACGAGGCACCGGAAAAUACAUUAUUUAAUCAAAUUUUGGAGAACCCUAGGGUAAUCUGGGAACACGAGGUAGGUGAAGAAUGUAUUAAAGAAGUUUAUCAUUAUUUUGAUGAAAAUGAAGAGUGGUUGGUAACUGUUGAUAACGAUAACAUAACUAAACUUUACCACAAGUCAUCAAAUUCUGAUUAUUGGAUCGAUAAAUCUGGCUACAUGUUGGACACCAGAGAUUUGAAGGUCAUUAGAAGGAACUCAGAACCACUAUCACCAAUGGAUCUGAAGCUUUAUUUCAGAGAUUCGUUCUGUAUUCUACCUCUUGGUGACGUUGUUAGUGUUAGUUACAGAGGUGAGGUUUAUGUCCUUAAAGAAUAUGGAGAACACCUUUCAGUCUGGCUCUUUUACAAUUUUCAGUCAAAUAAGGCUGUUUUUAUGGUAAAGAAAGAGGAAAUAGUGCUCCAAAGGUUUUGUUGAGGAGUUUUUUCUGAAACUUCAAAGUCUCAUCAAAACUUAUGUACUGUUUUACUGGUCUCACACUGGCCUGAACAACAAUUUUCCAAUUUGUCUAUGUUUUACACUUUAAUAUCAUUGAUUACUUUUA